CCCGUGCAGCGACCAGGAGCACGAGCUCCUCCUUCCACACCCCGCAGCUGAGGAACGCCAUGUCCCCGCUGUUCCUCACCGGACUAGCAGAUGGACCUCGCCGCCCUUACUCAAGGUCGCGCCAGCCGCUCCGAACUGCAGGUCCUCCUUAGUGCAUCGCGUCUCUGUUUCUCACUAGCUCAUGCUGCUGUCUCUAACCGCGUCGCCGCCGUGUUCUUCUUCAAGGACUGCACCACCGGGUUGGAACUCAGGAAGUGCUCCUCCAUCGCUGUUGUUCUAUCGGAGCACCGGUGCCGCGGAUCCGCCCCUCGUCAGCUUGUCAUCCCCAUCUCUAGGCUCCCCUGCAACUUCUACUACCGCCUCCUUCCUCUCGUGCGAGACAAGCCGGCGCUUCGUCCUGCUCGAUCCUGUCGCGCCCGGUGACCGCGCAAGCGAGCGCCCGUCUGCGCCAAGCCAAUCGGCCCUGCAAUCGCUGACCUCGUCGGGGAGCAUUCAGCAGCCCCGUCAAAUUCGCCGCCUGAAGCCCCUGCCUCGACUCCUCGUGCCUGGAUCCGUUCGCCCUUGCUCCUUUCCCGCGGGAUCUGGCGUGAUCCGGCGGAAAGAGCCCCGCCACGGCGACCUCCUGCUUCCUAUCGCCAUGGACGCCAUUGUUUCUGUUCUUCAGAAACGAGCAGUUUCGCCUGCCCCUUCGCCCGUGACCGAUUCGGCUGCUCAUGUGGGCUGCAACCGCGGGUCAGCCUCCUCUAGCGAGGCCGAGCGCCCCCUUCCGACCGGGCCAGGCCCAAUGUGAGGCAAACCCCCUAGUGCCUCUCUUUUGUUUUUUUGUUUUUAUUCUUUUCCUUCCUUUGGCCCAGCUAGUUUCGGCCCGUGUAUCUUUUUUUCCAGCGCUUAGGUUCUGCUAAUUAAUCAGAGACUGUAGGUUUUGCAGAAAACCCCUCCAUGUUCAUGCAUUUAAUAACUUCUAAA